AUGACAGUGCAAGAGCUGCUGGGGUCCGCCAAGCUGCUGCGCUGGCUUUGGGUUCCCUGGGCCUGGGUGGAGCGCCUCACAUUGGGGCGCUGGCCGCGCUUCUGUGGCUGGGACUCCGAUGCUGGAGUACGCCGAGCAGCAGCCAUCGCCCUGGGCAACUUGGGGAGGAUGGCUGCGGACCAGGAGGAGGUGUUGCAGGAGGCGGCUGCGUGUGACGCUGAUGACGAUGUGCGAUUUCAUGCUGCCGUGGCGCUGGGAAUUGUCCAGGCGACUUCGCCCAAGGCCGCGACCUCGGCCUUCCGUGGCGCAGGGCUGUCGAGGCGCUGCUCGUGGUACACAGCCGCGGUUUAA